AUGUGGUGGUUACUCGCUGUGCCCGCAGGGGCGGUUGCUCUAUUUGCAUGUAGUAAGAAGAAGAGAGAAACGGCCGGGAAAUCGAAACGAUCCAGUAAAUCCGGAAAGUCGGGACGCUCCAGCAGGUCCCGAUCGCACCGCUCUCAUCGUAGUGGUAAGAGCAAGAAAGGAAGAUCAAGAGGUAGCCGGUCAAGUCGACAUAGUAGCAAAAGGGGAAGUAGACGUAAAAGCAAGCGAGGAAGAUCUAAGUCAUCGAGAAGCAAGAGUAGGAGCAAGAGCAGAAGUAGGAGGGAAAGCAAGAGUUCGAGGAGCAAGCGUAGCCGAUCGAAGAGCUCUAAGUCAAAGAGUAAAAGAGGGUCGAAAUCGAGCAGAAGUGGCAGAGGUCCCCCUCCUGAUUGCUCUCUCCCAGCGAAACCUACUGAGCUUCGUGUUGAGCCCACUGAGCUAAGCUACAAGGCUAUAGGCGGUCUGAAAGGAGUGAACGUUAUUAACGACACUCAGGAUCGCAAAUUCUUCAAGGUGAAAUGUUCGGAUAAUAUGUUGUACCGUGUGAAUCCGGUGUUCGGUUCGGUAGAGCCUGGCAGAUCUGCCAGAAUUGAUAUUUUGCGUCAAAAUGGUGGCGCCAAGAUUGAUAAGAUUGUUCUCGUCACGACAAAAGCUGAGGAAGGUGAGGUGCCAUGUAGGGAGGUGUUCAAUCAGGCACGUGAAACGGAGAUGAUGAUGUGGUUCUACUACGCUGGCUACCUAACCAUAUUCUUGUCUACAUUUACAGUUAUACUACAAUUAGCUUACAUGCCUCUCGUGGUGAAAAGAGUAGAAAACUCUCGUGACAAGGUUUUGCAAAGCAUACGAGGGUUCAAGAUUCUGGAGAGAGAUAUAGCUGGACUUAUGAAGGAUUCGGAACGUCAGAAGAGGGAAGUAGUUUGUGCACCGGCAAGACGUGGUCCCCCAGGACCACCAGGUAAAGAUGGACCAGCGGGAACCGAUGGACCUAUAGGAAAACGUGGAAUAGAUGCUCGCGAUAUCCUAGCUGAGCAAGAGGAGAAGUGUGUGAUUUGCCCAGCUGGAAAAAUGGGCCCAGAAGGACCACCAGGUGAACGUGGAUCACCGGGCGAGAAGGGGCACAAGGGACCACCGGGAAUUCCAGCUGUGGAUGGAAUUGACGGGGAUAUUGGUCCCGAAGGUGAUAUUGGCCCACCGGGAUUUCCUGGAAACCCGGGUGGUCGUGGCGCAGCAGGUCGACCAGCACAAGGUGGUGUAGGAAAACCCGGUCCAAAAGGAGCAGAUGGUCCUGUUGGUCGAGCUGGAGCACAAGGACCUCGUGGAAAAAGAAACUACAUCUAUGGACCACUCGGGCCUACAGGACAACCAGGACCAAACGGAUUAGAUGGAAUAAAUGGAAAUGUGGGAGACAGAGGACCUAAAGGUCCUCCCGGAGAAAAAGGAGCUGACGCCAAAUUCUGCCCAUGCCCCUUGGAGCUACAUAUUAUUAGUGAGCAAAAAAAAAAAUACUCACCAAAGAAUGAACCGAUGAUGCAACACGGAACCUCCUUGCUAGCAAAACCUUCAUCUCAUUUGAAGUCAGUGGAAGUGUCUAAUCGUGAUGAUGACGUUCUUGAAGUCCGCGGAAUUAGCUCGUCACCCGAACUUGGUAAAAGUCAGUCAGAAGCUGUGCGUAUACUUCCAGCAAGACCGCCUAACUUCGCAGCUGGCCCACCAGCACGCCAAGAGAUACGGCCACCAGGAGAAAGAUCGAGAUCUUCACUCCCAGGAAACGCUCCACCAGGCACCAUCAUUGGGACUAAAGUGAAUCGUUUCGCAGUGACGGACGAUCCUAGUUCUACUACCACGCACAAGACGUCACCAACAACAACUUCAACAACCACGCUUCCGCCUCCACUGGAGACCACAAUCAAUGAAGAGUCUCAGGAAGAGAAGGCAGACGUACCUCCACCGUUUGGGUCACAUCAACCGCCAGUAGUUGAACUGGAUGAGAUGGAGGAUGAAUAUGAGGAGACCACUGUUCCAACUACUACUAGAAGAAGGUUCAUCUAUGUGACAAAGAAGCCAAGGCUUUACUUUUGA